AUGUGUUUUGUUGUUGCAAAAGAAUCGACCAUUGAUUGCAUGUACGAGCCCCUUGUGCAGAAGUUUGCUGAAUACCUCGUCGAUUUAGAAAUGGAAUGCGGUUUUCUUCACAUAGCUGAAAAACGUAUCCAAUUACCUACGAUAAUGAGGAAAGUGUUCAAAGAUCUCAAUACAUGUGGCGAAUGCGUAUUCCGAGUUACCGAUCUCACUACGUUGUACUUGAAGUUGUGUCCGUCUUACAGAGGUGUAGAACCUCCGAAGGUGAGUCUGUAUAUGGUUCCCAUGUUUAUCAGAGCAUCACAGUUGAGCCCUGCUGUCAUUGAUAAGAUGGAUGUUCUUUCGCAAAAGAUUAUACCCAAGAUUGAUGGGAUCCGGUGCGUAAAGGAAAUAGCCACCGAAGUCGAAAUCGACGCAGAUUUGGUGAUGCGUUGUGUCAGGAAUUUGCAUUUUUACGAAUGUGUCAGUUUAGUACCACUGUUUUUGUACUCAAACACAUAUGUCGCAACGGAGAAGCUCCAUGAUUUCUACAGCAGCUCGUCGGAAAUAGAGGUAGUACGAUUAUGCUACCUAUGA